UAUUGCAUUGUCUUUUAGCGCGCAAAAGCCGAGAGUUAUGCACGUAUACAAAAAACACACACACGUUGUACUUACUUAUUGUAGCUAGCGUGUUAUAUUAAUCAAAUUAUUAUACUUAGCGUGAAAUGUGCCGACGUUCGUAUUGUUGCUUUUGCUUGUAAGCAAAAGAGAUAUUAUAUACCACGACGACGACAGCGAGGACCUGGAGAUUUUUUUGAUGCACGAGCAAGACCAGAAAUCCAGAAAAAUGACGAGUGAAAACGAAGAGCAUCCCAAGUGUAGAAAGUCAGCCUGUUCCCAUUGUGAGGAGAUAAACCCAGGGGAAGAUGGCUACAGUAGCGAUGGGCACAGAUUACGGUCUGGAACAGAUAGUUUUCCAAAUAUCAAUGAAAGGCCAGUGGAAGACAUAUCCAUUGAGUUCUUCUACAAGCCACACACCAUCACUCUGCUGGUGAUCAUGAUAGUGGCAAUUGUCUACUUUGCCUUUGUCAGAGACUGUUCCAACGUGGAGGAUAACCUGAGGGCGGGCGUUCUGUGCGUCGUCUUCUUUUUCAUGAUAAUCUCAAUACUGACAUUCCCAAACGGACCAUUCACGCGACCUCAUCCUGCACUAUGGCGAAUAGUAUUCGGCUGUAGCAUUCUGUACGAGAUAUUUCUGCUGUUCAUGCUGUUCCAAAAUUACGAAACUGUGAGAAAAAUCUUCGUCUGGAUCGAUCCAAGCCUCCACUCGUUCCAUAUCGACAUGGACAAGGAGUACGGCGUCAAUUGUUCCGACAUCAACGUCGAGAAGCUCUGGAACCACUUGGACGUUUUUGCGCUGGCUCACUUUCUUGGCUGGACAUUCAAGGCUAUCCUUAUUCGUCACCUCGGCAUUCUCUGGGCCAUAAGCGUCAUGUGGGAGGUAACGGAGAUCGCGUUCGCUCAUCUGCUGCCGAACUUUGCCGAAUGCUGGUGGGACGCCAUCGUUCUCGACGUGCUAGUCUGCAACGGCCUGGGUAUCUGGGUGGGCCUUAAGAUAUGCCAGAUGCUCGAGAUGAGGGAGUACAAAUGGGUCAGCAUUCGCGACAUCGAGAGCACGACAGGAAAGUUAAAGAGGGUCGUCAUGCAGUUCACACCCGGUAGCUGGACGUCGGUCAGGUGGCUGGAUCCCACCUGUACUCACAUGAGAUUCGUGGCUCUCUGUCAGCUGGUUAUAUUCUGGCAGGUGUCCGAGUUGAAUACGUUCUUUUUGAAACACGUCUACGAGUUUCCGCCCUCACAUCCGUUCGUUGUGUCAAGACUAUGCUUGAUUGGAGUCAUUGUCGCCCCGUCCGUCAGGCAAUAUUAUUUGUACGUGACUGAUCCAUCGUGCAGUCGAGUGGGAACGCAAUGUUGGGUGUAUGGAGCGAUAAUGGUAACGGAGGCGUUGCUCUGCAUCAGACACGGCGCCGAACUGUUCGAGAGGACGCAGGCCCUCAAUAUAACUCUCUGGCUCCUGUGCCAGUCUCUAGUCUCUGUAAUGUGUGUCUACGGCUGUGUUUUGUGGCAUCAGUACUUUGCGACGGAUAAGAAAAACCAAUCUGGACAACCAGAGAAGAAUCGCCCAGAUUCCACUUCGGCAGGAAUCGUGGCUGAAGAUGUCAUGGCAGUCGAAGCUGAAGCCGAAGACAGCAAAAAGACCCUUUAAGGAACCAGAUGGUUAUAUCAGUACCAGAGGCUAAAGGUCGUACCUUCUAGUCGCGUCAAAACUAAACAAACAUAAUUUUGAAGAGCACGCAAUGCCAUGAAAAAUGUUCGUUAAUAAAAAUAAUAAUUAUAAUAAUUUUCUUCGUAAGUUUAAGGAGAGAAAUUGUACAUAAGCGUGAAUGCGAAAAAAUAUGUCUUAACUGUUUAGGUAACUAGGUUGUUUUAUUUUGUUUCUGUUAUUUUUUGAGGUCUACAAGUGAACGUUUUAGUUCUCUUCUCGAAGUAAAAUAGUACAACCAUUGAUCACUUUCAUUGUUGAUGGAUGAUUUGGUUUUCUUUUACUUCCUCCGCUAGUGACUACGAAAUUUUCGUAAUGCAAAGUUUUUCCAUGAAAGUGAUAUUUCAACAAAUGUUGUCAAAAAAUUGCUUUCAUUAUAAUUGGCAAUUUGACGUAUUGAAUACAUUUUUUAGAAUCAAACAUUACAGUGGUAGUAAAUGGGAAGUUUUAUGAAAAAAAAAAAAAAAAAACUAAAUUUAUAUU